CCUCCCCGGAUCCGGGUCGUUCGCGAGUUCUGGUCCCCGCGCCCGCGGCUGGCUCCGCUCGCAGGGCCUCCCUCGCAGGUGGCUGCUGGCCCCCGCGGCCCCCCCACGCCGCACGCGCCCGCCCCCAUCCCCGCAGCCCCGGCUCCGAGGCCGCGGGCAGCCCCCGGACGGCUCUGGGGGCGCAGCUGGCGCCGCCCGCCCCCCCCCACCCCGCGGUAGGCCGCGCCCCGCGGGAGCAUCCGCUAGGGAGAUGGUCGUGCACUCGGUGCCCGCCGAAGUCACCGUGAUCCUGUUAGAUAUCGAAGGUACCACUACCCCGAUUGCUUUCGUGAAGGACAUUUUAUUUCCUUACAUCAGAGAAAAUGUUCAGGAGUAUCUGCAGACCCACUGGGAAGAAGAGGAGUGCCAGCAGGAUGUCAGCCUUUUGAGGAAACAGGCCGAAGAGGACUCGCAGCUGGAUGGGGCCGUCCCCAUCCCGGCCGCCGGGGGCAGCGGGGGCGAGGAGCCCGCACGGCUGAUCCAGGCGGUGGUGGAUAACGUGUGCUGGCAGAUGUCCCUGGACCGGAAGAGCACCGCGCUGAAGCAGCUGCAGGGCCACAUGUGGAGGGCGGCCUUCACGGCCGGCCACGUGAAAGCAGAGUUCUUUGAAGACGUAGUUCCGGCAGUCAGGAAAUGGAGAGAGGCCGGGAUGAAGGUGUAUAUCUAUUCUUCAGGGAGUGUCGAGGCACAGAAGCUACUAUUUGGGCAUUCUACAGAGGGUGAUAUUCUUGAGCUCGUUGACGGCCACUUUGACACCAAGAUCGGACACAAGGUGGAGAGCGAGAGUUACCGGAAGAUCGCAGACAGCAUCGGUUGCUCCACCAACAACAUCUUGUUUCUGACGGACGUCACUGGAGAGGCCAGCGCGGCCGAGGCUGCCGACGUGCACGUGGCCGUGGUGGUGCGACCGGGCAAUGCGGGCCUGACGGACGACGAGAAGACCUACUACCGCCUCAUCACGUCCUUCAGCGAGCUGGCGCUGCCCGCCUCCGCCUAGCCCCGCGGCCGGAGGGCUCCGAGAUCACAGCCAUGCACACGCGUGCGUCCCAGUGUCCGUGCCUGUACAUAUGUGUGUGUGUCCACAUUGCCUUUCAGAGUCACAUACGUGAGAAGAAGAAAAAAAAAACUUGUUUCCCGGAAGAGGAAGCUCGUGCGGGAAGAAGCCUCUGGACGGACACAGGAUGGGUCUGAGAAAGUGCCGGAAGCCGGAGCCCGACUGCUGUGUUAGGGCCAGCGUGUGGCUCACGGGAGAAGCGACGGCCACCAAGGUCAGGUGUGGCGUGUUUUGAGCUCGUGUACAGAAAUGGAAAGAUGGGUUCUAGAACUUACUCUGAAGCCUCGUUAUUAAAAAAAAAAAACAAAACUGGAUGUGUUUCGCAGUCUUCUUCCUCAUAGUUGUUCACUUCCCUCCUGUGUGAUCGAGAAGAUUCUAGUAGCUGAGUUUGGAAGCGUUAGCCUCCCCGUAACCCAAAGGCAAAGCCGUUUGUUUCUGCUCGAAAGAGCGAGAUCGGGAAAGGGAGCACUCCGGAGCCUGGGCCCACCGAGACUGGCUUCAGGGACUCGCCGGUGGUCGUGGCGUGACCCUCUCAGCGGCCACCGCCUCCCCGCCAAGAGUGACGGCGAGACGAGGAAGAUUCAGGGACCAUCGCGGCCAUCCUGAUCGUGCCGGUGGAUAGGACAGUCGCCUUCUAACCGCUCGGCACAGCUCGGGAGUGACGCUACCUGCUGUUUAAUGUUAGAAGGAAGUUUGUCGAGAUGAAUCGCCUCUCCGUGAUAUUUUCUUCUGAAAUGAAUUUGAGAAAUGUAAAUUUUAUAAUGGCAUUAAUUUAUCCUUGUUUGAAUCUAAUAAGAUCAGUUUUAUGUUGUGAUUAAUAAAGCGUUUUCUUCUUCA